AUGAGGAGUUGCUAUGGUUUGCUAGUAGUGGGACUGCUACUACUUGCCAAUGCUCUACCUUCUUCCUCCUCUUCUUCGCCAGUGACACGGCGUUUUGUCUUCAACGUUGAGUGGAAAAAUGUAACCAGGUUGUGCCAUACAAAGCCACUCCUAACGGUGAAUGGGGAGUUUCCAGGGCCAACCAUUGCUGUUCAUGAAGGUGAUAAUGUUGAGAUUAAGGUCACUAACCGCGUCGCUAGUAACACUACUCUCCAUUGGCAUGGAAUUAGGCAGCUAAGGACAGGAUGGGCUGAUGGUCCUGCUUACAUUACACAAUGCCCCAUCUCAACAGGACAGUCUUACACUUACAGGUUCACUGUGACAGACCAGAGGGGCACACUGUGGUGGCAUGCUCAUCUAUCGUGGCAACGAGCUUCUGUCUAUGGCGCCUUCAUCAUCUACCCUCUCGUGCCCUAUCCGUUCUCGGUUCCAAUUCAAGCUGAAACUUCCAUAAUUUUUGGGGAAUGGUGGAAUGCAGGUAUAGAAGCAGUGGAAAAUGAAAUGAUGAUGUAUGGGGGAGGCCCUAAUUCUUCUGAUGCUUACACCAUUAACGGUUUACCAGGAGCUCUCUAUCCUUGCUCUAACAAAGAUACAUUUACACAGACAGUUGAGCGUGGCAGAACCUACAUGCUUAGAAUCAUCAAUGCAGCACUGAACAAUGAACUCUUCUUCGCGGUGGCCAGCCAUUCUUUGACUGUUGUAGAGAUUGAUGCAGUUUAUGCAAAACCCUUUACUACCAAGGCUAUAAUGGUUUCUCCUGGACAAACCACCAAUGUCUUGCUCACUGCAAAUCAAGUCCCUGACUCCUCCGGCAUGUUUGUAAUGGCUGCAAGGCCUUAUCGAACUUCAGUUUUCCCCUCCGACUUCUCUACUUCGAUUGGUUUCUUAAAAUACAAAGACAUAACUAGGAGCAAAAGAAUUAGACCCUCCACUAAUUCUAUACCUCAAAACCUCCCUCAAAUGGAAGACACCCCCUUUAACACUCAAUUUGAAGCCAAGCUCAAGAGCUUAGCAUCUUCUCAAUACCCUUGUAAUGUGCCCAAAAAGAUUGACAAGAGGGUGAUCACAACUAUAAGCCUAAACCUUCAAGAUUGUCCUGCUAACCGAACUUGCAGGGGCGCGGAUGGCAAGAGGUUCUUUGCUUCAAUGAACAACCAAUCCUUCGUUCACCCUUCCAUGUCGAUAUUGGAAUGCCACUACCGGAACCUCACCACCGGUGUUUACUCCCACGACUUCCCUGAGAAGCCCCCCAAUGCUUUUGAUUACACGGGAGUGGACCCAUUGACUAAAAACAUGAAUGCAGAGUUUGGUACUAAACUUUUAGUGGUGCCUUAUGGCACCAAGUUGGAGAUUGUGCUUCAGGAUACAAGCUUUCUCAAUCCUGAGAACCAUCCAAUCCAUGUUCAUGGCCACAACUUCUUCAUUGUUGGGAGGGGAUUCGGAAACUUUGAUGCUGCCAAGGAUCCGACGCGCUACAAUCUUGUUGAUCCUCCGGAGAGGAACACAGUGGCAGUCCCAACAGGGGGAUGGGCAGCAAUCCGACUCAACGCGGACAAUCCGGGAGUGUGGUUCAUACAUUGCCAUCUUGAGCAGCAUACUUCAUGGGGGCUUGCCAUGGGCUUGAUAGUGAAGAGUGGUCCAGAACCAUCUCAGUGCUUGCUUCCUCCUCCUGAAGAUCUUCCGUCCUGCUGAGCUAGCCUUCAUUAAUUGAAGAGGCCAGUUUGGUUGAAUAGAGGUUGAGAUUUAUGUAGAGAUCAGUAAUUGUGAGUCUAAUCCUUGAGUAACUUCAACUAAAUGAAUAUUUCACUCUACUAAAUUAACAUUGAAAUGAAUUGGUGAACUAUGUGAAGAUUUAGGGGUAUUAUUUAGUAAUGGACUUUCCAUAUUCACACGAUCAUAUCAAUAUCAAAAGUCCAUUGCAUGUAUCUAUAAAUUAAUCAAUAAAUCAGGAGUGACAAAAUUCAACACCAUCAGGUAACUUGUGCAACACAUUUAUUUUGAGCAUGUAACAUUGUAACUUUACACUUUGAAGUUGCG